AAGUUCAGCCGCGGCAGAGAGCGGUCGGUGCUGGUGGUGCUCGGGUCCACGUGGGCCGCGGUGUGAGCGCAAGGGCGGCGGGCAGGAAAGGCGCCCCUUCCCGCCGCGCGGGCCUGGGGCCACCCGGCACCGUCGACUAGAGUGGACGCGCGCGCUCGCUGCGACAUGGACACUCCCCCCCUGUCAGGUUCGGACUCGGAUUCUGAUGAUUCUCUGGUCACAGACCGAGAGUUGCAGGAUGCGUUUUCCCGAGGACUCCUGAAGCCAGGCCUCAAUGUCGUGCUAGAGGGGCCGAAGAAGGCUGUGAACGACGUGAGUGGCCUGAAGCAGUGUUUGGCUGAAUUCAAGCGGGAUCUGGAAUGGGUUGAAAGGCUUGAUGUGACCCUGGGACCCGUGCCGGAAGUCAGUGGACCCCAGUCAACACCUCAGAACAAGGAUCAGAAAGCUGUUGAUCCAGAAGAUGACUUCCAGCGCGAGAUGAACUUCUACCGGCAGGCCCAGGCUGCGGUGCUGGCGGUAUUACCCCGCCUUCAUCAGCUCAAAGUCCCUACCAAGAGGCCCACUGACUAUUUUGCAGAGAUGGCCAAGUCUGAUCAGCAGAUGCAGAAGAUUCGACAGAAGCUGCAGGCUAAGCAGACGGCCAUGGAGAAGUCUGAAAAGGCGAAGCAACUGCGAGCACUUAGGAAAUACGGGAAGAAGGUGCAAACAGAGGUUCUUCAGAAGAGGCAGCGAGAGAAGACACAUAUGAUGAAUGCCGUUAAGAAAUAUCAGAAAGGCUUUUCUGAUAAACUGGAUUUCCUUGAGGGGGAUCAGAAACCUGUUGCACGGAGAACGAAGGAAGGAGCAAAAGGCCAGCAGAUGAAGAAGGGGCCCAAUGCUAAGCGGCGCUAUAAAAACCAGAAGUUUGGUUUUGGUGGAAAGAAGAAGGGCUCCAAGUGGAACACGCGUGAGAGCUACGAUGAUGUAUCCAGCUUCCGGGCGAAGACGGCUCAUGGCAAGGGCCUCAAGAGGCCUGGAAAGAAAGGAUCAAAUAAGAGACCUGGCAAACGCACGAGAGAGAAAAUGAAGAGCAGAACACACUAAGCAGCACCUUCGUAUAUGAAGAACCAAGGAAAAGGGUUGCGGACGUGGGACUUCACCAUACAGUUGGAUGUCUUCUGUUGGUUUCUUUUUGUAAAAAGUUCUUUAAUAAACUAAAAAAUUUUCAAAGAAACAUAAUGUUGCUUAAAAACUCAAGAAUAAAAGAUGGAGAAGUUACUUUUA